GUAGACCACGGUGGUCCCGACUCGAAAAAAUAGGGAGUGGGGUGUCUCGCUUUCUUUACCAUCUCUGGGCAUUUUCCGUCUGCACACUUCGAUCUUCUCUGCUGCAAGUGAAGGGGCGUGUGCGUGAAUGCAGGAGUGAAAUAUCAAUGGCCAGCUUGAAACUUAUUAAUACACUUGAGAUGAAGGAACUACCGAGAACGAAGAAACUAAUAUGAGUUAAAACGUCAAAUAUCAAACGAAUGGACUGUUAAGAAACUGGAGUGGUGACUGAGUUUAUCUGAGACCCCAGGCCAUCCACAAGACUUGUUGAGCAGGUCAGGAUGCCCAUUCCCCCCCCUCCACCCCCUGGAGGCCCCCCUCCACCCCCCACCCUCAGCCAGGCCAACACCACCCCACCUAAGCUCAACCGAGAUGAGGCCAAAGGCAGAGGAGCCCUGCUCGGGGACAUCCACAAAGGGGCCAAGCUGAAGAAGGUCGGCGUGGUAAAUGACAGGAGCGCACCCAUCUUAGAAAAUCCUAAAGGAGAUGGCGUUAGUAAUGUAGGCGGAGGAGGCUCGUCAGGGGUCAUUCAGCCGAUGGGAGGUAUUUUCCAGGCAGGUGUGCCUAAAUUGAGACCAGUCGGAGAUGGUUCGGUUGGCAGGUCAGCCCUGACCCCUCCUGGCACGCGCCCCGCUGCUCCUCGUCCCCCCGGACCCCCUGUUCGCCAGGACAACACAGACUGCUCAGCCCAACAGGCCUCUCCCCCGGAGCACUCCCGAUCCCAGAGGCCCUCCCUCCCCGACCUCUCCCGCCCCCUCAGCGGAGGCAGCCCUAACAGUGGCAUGAAGCACAGCUCCUCUGCCCCUCCACCUCCUCCCCCUUUCUCUCGCCGGGGCAACGCACCCCCUGCCCCGACUCAGAAGGCACCACCACCCGCCCCCUCCUACAACCGGGAGAAGCCCCUCCCUCCCACGCCAGGACAGAGGGGGACAUCCCCGGUGCCGGCCCGCAACAGCGCCCCUCCACCCCCUUCUCCCAACAACAACCGCCGGCCCCUGACGUCAGGGGGCUCCUCUGCAUCCUCCUCUUCCUCCUCUCUGGGUCCACCUCCUCCCCCGUACCGCCAGCCCAUGACCAACGGCCCCUCCAGCCCGGUUAACGAAGCCGCCCCGGAGCUACCUCAGAGACACAACUCCCUCAGCAAGAAGCCGUCGCCCGGACCUGGACACACUCCAACCCGUGGGCAAGCGCCACCCCCGCCUCCCUCCCCCUCCCCGCCAGGCGGACGCCCACCCCCUCCAGUCCGUGAGCCCCCCGGUAGAGGAGCAGCUCCACCCCCGCCUGGGUCGAGUCAACGAAACGGUGGUCGGGAUGCCCCCCCUCCACCACCCCCCUACAGAGGUAGCCCUUCAGAGCCUCAUAGCCGUGGCAAGCCCCCCCCUCCUCCCUCCCGUACCCCUGCCGGACCCCCGCCCCCUCCCCCACCUAUCCGCAAUGGACACACCUCCAUUUCCCGCUCCUUCGUAGAUGACUUUGAGUCCAAGUAUUCUUUCCACCCUCUGGAUGACUUCCCUGCUCCAGAGGAGUACCGGCACUUCACCAAGAUCUACCCCAGCAAAGCCAACAGAGUGAUGAGGGGAGCUCCUCCUGCACCACCUGUGGGAAGGUGAACACUGAGACUCCGUCACUUCUAGUGUACAGGAGACAAGGGUUACACACACACACACACACACACACAACCUUCUCACAUGGAACCUACAGCAUAUAACAUAUACAUGCUUCUCAUUUGACAACAUUUCACCUAAGCUCCACAACCAUUCACUCACACGCUCGCCCUUGAAAAUAGCCCAGGAAUUGUUUUCUAUGGCAGUCUCACUCCAUUUGGAGGUGGAGUUUGGCAGCUUACUUAUGCCAUUCCCAGCCUGUGUCCGCGUGGGUGAACUUGCCCUGUUUAAUCACAAAGGCAUACUUACCCAUUCAUAGUGUUUCCAGGCUCGUGUGUGGAUGGGGAACACUUUGACACCGGUAUGAUAGACAUUCAUCUCCUUACCACACGGGCUCCACGUCAGAGUAUGCACUGUGAGAGCCCCACAUCACCAUCAAAUGGGAGAACACCAGUCAGAAGAAACCAGUGACUGGUCCUAACAGCCUGGUCCUAACGGCGGUGACUCUACAGCCUGGUCCUAACGGCGGUGACUCUACAGCCUGGUCCUAACGGCGGUGACUCUACAGCCUGGUCCUAACGGCGGUGACUCUACAGCCUGGUCCUAACGGCAAACUGUUUGAAAGUUCCCUCAGGUAUACGGUUUGUGGAACAGAGAACUGGAGAAGAUAAGAGGUUCUUUCCAAAAGUGCCAACUAAUUCCAAACUGAACUGGGAACAGCUCAUAUCCCCCAUCCUGUCUCCCUGCUGCAAGGCUUGUCAUGGGGUUCUCUUAUGACUGGUUGGAAUGGUGGACUGACAAAAGCAAUAGUUCCAUAUGUUCUCGGUGAUGGUUGGCAGUAAUCAACACCUGUGACAAUCGUUGGUUUGUGGAAAAAGUCAUCCUGUUGAGAAUGAUAGUGCACAUGAAAGGGAUCUUGCAGCAAGGAAUCUCUCCCUCCCUUCCUCUCUGUGCAGAAAAAGACUAACCAGAUAGAUGCAUGUUGUUUUUCUUUUUCAGUGUGUCUUGUCUUGACAAAAUGCACAAAAGUGAGCUUGCUGUCCUAAAUGCAAAGCAGAAGGUUAUUAUGCCUUUAAACACUAUUCUGGGUCACUGAAACCAUUUCACAACUAACUCAACACUACAACCCCACUAGCUCCCUAGCCGGGGCGGCAGGGCAGCCUAGUGGUUAGAGCGUUGGACUAGUAACCGGAAGGUUGCAAGUUCAAACCCCCGAGCUGACAAGGUACAGAUCUGUCGUUCUGCCCCUGAACAGGCAGUUAAACCACUGUUCCUAGGCCGUCAUUGAAAAUAAGAAUUUGUUCUUAACUGACUUGCCUAGUUAAAUAAAGGUAAAAUAAAGCUUAAAAAUGACAGAGCUUUUCAAAUGCAUUGCAUGCUACAGGAUACUGCACCAUUACAUUGACAUUAAAAUACUUCACCCGAACCCAGGCAAUGAGUUGGAAGCAGUUCAAGAGUUUAUUGUUCAAAAUUGAUGGGGGCGGGAAAUUAUGUUGUUGGGUAAGUAAAUGGAUGCUUUCAAAUACAAACCUUAUCCUGCUGAUUUCACAUGUUGAUACCCACAAUAGCCACUUGGUGGCAGUAUUUUGUUUUUCCCAUAGACGUGGGAGUUACAUGGUUGUGAGGCUGUACCCCUUCAACUUGUAAUAAAAAAAAAAAACAGUUGUGUAUUAUGGAUUUGGCCAAUGUUGAGCGAGAGGGCAGUGUCUGUACCAAUUUUGAGCUCUUCUGCUGAGGGUUGAAUGGACAAACUAGUGAUUUAACAGCCAAGUUGUUCAUCUCAGGCAUAGUCUACAUUCUGUCUUUUGAAAGAAAAAAGAAAAAUCUACUUGAUUUCCAGAAUAACAUUUAUGUAAUGUAGUCCCUACAUUUUUCUUUGCUUAAUGCACUUGACCACAAGCCUGAAACAAAUGCACAUUGUUACCCAAGGGCGUGAACCUUUAAGGCUGGUACUUGUGAUUGGUUCCUAUUGUUUGUUUUGUCGGGUUAGUCUUAUUCCUCAUUGUGACAGAAUCCCCCUUGAACUGUCACUCGCUAUUCUCUUUUUAUUUAAACCCUUUGCUGGUCUUUUGCCUUAUCAUACGCAUUCGCUGUAAGUCAAUUCAGGAUGUGUUAAAAAAAAUAUACAAAAAUAAACUAAUCAUUAAGUGUAUACACCUCAUAUGGGUAAAAUGGUAGUCAUAGCAAUUCUACAUGUUAAUAUGUAUAAAGCUUGUAAUAUAGUGAAUAAAACUGGGAUAGAUGACUGCAGGCUUUUGUCAGAAACCAGUGACGAACUGUUAGUAUUUCCAUAUGUCUUUCUCUUGCCUUCUGUCGUUAUUUAGAUAUUCCCUCUCUGUGUCAGAGGGCCUGUGUGGCCAUUUCAACAGGAGCAGUAUGCACUCACAUUGAGAGAACCUCCUUAUUCGUGUCUUCUUCUCGUCCCUCCAUUUCAUACUUGGCUUAAUCCAGGCCCUGGUUCCUUCUGUACAUUUCACCCUUCUGCGUCAGACAUGUUGUACCAAUUAAAAUGUCACUGAUGGAAACAAGUAAACUUUUCCUGUCUCUGUCCA